AUGGCCUGGCACACGUCGAGUGGCAUUAAUACUGCCUUUGCAGUGGGUGCAGUUAUUGUAUGCGGGUACCUCGUCAGGAACAUCUACUUCCAUGCUCUCAGCAACCACCCCGGUCCCAAACUGUGGGCGGCGACCCGGCUGCCAUGGUGCUGGAACCAGUACCGUGGAAAUCUGAGCAGGCGUCUCAAAGAGCUGCACGACCAGUACGGGCCGGCAGUGCGGGUUGCACCGGACGAGAUUUCGUACAUCUCGGCGAGCGCUUGGAAGACCAUUUACGGCCAACGGCCCGUUGAAAUGCCAAAGGAUCCAAACUUCUCGCUCCUCACCCCUUCGGGCGUACAAAAUAUCCUCACGGCGGAUAGGGAGACGCACACGCGCCAGCGGCGUCUUCUCUCGCAUGCCUUCUCUGAGAAGGCUCUCCGCGAGCAGGAGUCGAUCUUGCAGACGUACUGCACCAAGUUGUGUUCCCAGCUCGAGGAUCGCUGCCGAAGCGGGCCAGUUGAUUUGUUUGACUGGUUCACAUUUUCAACCUUCGAUCUCAUCGGGGAUCUCGCCUUCGGCCAGAGCUUCGGCUGCCUCGACGCCGGCGCGGCCCCUCCCUUUGUGCAGUCCAUCAAAACGGGCUCGCGGGAGUUGAUGUUGAACCAGAUGCUGCGGUACUACGGCUUGCUCUUCAUGCGACCAAUCAUGGGGCUACUGGGACCUCGCAACGUGGCGGGUUCUCGCGCUGCCAAUAUGGGGCGCGCUGUCGCAACCGUGCAAGAGCGUGUAGCGCGUGGCCCGACGGCGGACCGCAAAGACUUUUGGCACUACGUGCUGGGCCACAUCGCCGACAACGAGGGCGGCGUCCGGGAUGCCAAGACAACCAUGACCGAGCCCGAGAUGUACACCAACGCCUUCUCCAUCAGCAUCGCCGGGUCCGAGAGCACGGCCACGACGCUGACCGGCACCACCUUCCUGUUGCUUCGACACCCGCACGCAUACCGGCGGGUCGUGGAAGAGGUGCGCAGUGCUUUUGCUUCUGAGUCUGACAUUACGUCGAACAGCUUGAGCGCAGCCGGGAAGCUGCCGUUCUUGGAGGCAGUGCUCAACGAGUCGAUGCGCCUGUACCCGCCUGUGGCAAUCACGCUUCCGCGCAGAGUGCCUGCGGGCGGCGAGACCAUCGAUGGACGCUUCGUUCCGGGUGGCUACACGGUGGGCGUAAACCACCUGGCGUGCUACCGGUCCGAGGUCAACUUUGCAGAAGCAAGCGCGUUCCGGCCAGAGAGGUGGACGGAAUGCUUCAAGCCAUUUUCGCACGGCCCACGCAGCUGCCUAGGCAAGAAUCUUGCAUGGGCCGAGCUUCGUCUCAUUCUCGCGCGCUUUCUGUGGCGGUUUGACACGCAGCUCGCUUGUGCCCGUUCGCCGGUAAUUCGUUGUUUUUACCUAAUGGGCCACUGA